AUGGAUGAUGAUGAUACUCCAGAACAUUCAGCUGCUAUUCAUGAAUCCGAUAAAGCAACGAGUCAUAUUGAUACAACAACUGCUUUUAUGGUGUUACCUAAAGUGGGUCCAUCUGAAAAUUUGGUUUCAGCCAAACCAGUUCAGCUUGAAGAUUGUACUGGAAGUGAUGAUGGCAAGGAUAUCUCAUCUGAUUCUCACUUUAGAAAUGAGCCGACCGGAGACCCUUCAUCAGAAGAACACGAUGACACUAAUUCUACGAGUACGAACACAACUAGUUCAAAUGGAAAAGAAGAUUUUGAUCAUGUGUCUAUUAACAGUUCAUCCUGUCAUUACAAAUAUGCCAUACCUGUCAACUCACACCUCCUCCAUACUGUUGAGAUUGCUGAGGAGAAUACUGGUAAAAAGAAUGAAGUUGGGGUUGAAGACCAUGUGAUGAACAACAGAGAAAGAGUUGCAGUAGAUGUGCACCUUCAACCUAGUCUAGUUGAACAGAAAAGGGAGGGCGUGGGUAGUACUCAAGGUGAUACAAGAGUAGCUCCUCUCCCCUUGCAAUAUUCCAAACUAGUGAAAACACAGCUAAAGGAAUUUCCCAAGAUACAGAAGCAGGAAAGCUACGUGGCUCUCAAGGUCCCCAGUGUUGAGCGGCUAGAAAACGGGAAGAAGCUGAAUGAUUCUUCUAGCGCACUAGGCAAGGAUACGGAAACAACUAUAGAGAAGAGCAUGAAAGAUACGGAUGCUCUUAGAAGCUUGGGCUCUUCCUUCUCCUUGGAGGUGAACAAAUAUGCAGCACAGAAGGGUGGAAAUCCAAUUUCCUUAGCAGCUAUUCGAUUAAGUAAUAAACAAAUUCCUGCUGAAGGACAUAAUAAGCUUUUCUCGAUUGAACGCGGUAGGAAGACCCCUGAACUUCCUGGCGUGAAACUCCGAUGGUAA